AUAUAUGUGAAAUCUUCUUGUCCCUUUUGUGGCAUUGACCAGGGCUGUUUCUGAAAGGGGGAGGGAGAACAGCAAUCUCAUUAUCAUUUCAAAGAAAAGAUUAAAUGACAAAGGAUAUAAAACCAAGAAGAUCGGCAAUUGUUAAAUACAGCUUACUGUAGAUAGUAGAAAGUUACUAACUAAAGAAUGAAGCAGAAAGAAUUGCCAUUUCUUUAUGUAUGCCAGCUGUGUUCAGACACACAGUCAGGCAAUUCCUCAGGCUAUGAUUGUUGCAGACUCCAAACAAAUCUUAGAUCUUGUUUUUCAGAGUUAAAUUUUAAACUGCAUUCUUGGGGUAAGAAGGAAGAGGUAAAAAUGGGUCACACUCAACCUUGUCCUGUAUUAAAACACUCCUAAUUAAAAUGCCAUAAAGCCUCCCAGCUACUAUUUGUGUGUAGGCCACGUGAAAAACUCCCCCAGUGCUGUUUGCUGUAACUUCUUACGGAUUUGUUGAAUGUAUUUAUUCUCUUGUAUUAACACCAGGCAGAAAGUGACUAUAAAAUACCUUCAUCUCAAGCAUUUUUGAUUCACAAGCUGGAAAGUUAAAGGGAUGCUUAUUGCUUUGAAUUCCAACCUGCCCUUGCUGUAGCUUUAUUGUUCUUCUAGGAACAACUUUCUGCUACACUUUCUCCAAUUUCUGUACAACAGCAACUUUUACCUGGAAAACCACUUUCAUAUCUCCUUAUUCCACCAAAGGGUGGAAAAAACGAUUUCUGUGGUAAUGGAACUAAACCUACAAAAGCAGAACAGCCAAACUUGUAAAACUCAAGCCAAUAGAAGACAUCUAUUAAAAGCACAAGCCCACAAGGAACUAAACAUAGCCUUGCUGUUCCCAUGCAUGGCUGCCUCUGUGUCAUUGCUUCCCUCCUGCAGAAGGUGGGGACACGGCCAGCUUUGUUUAUAGAAUCACAACUCAGCCUCAGAUAACUGUGGGCAGGAAACUGUCCCUACCGCUGGGGCUUGUGAACUGAACUGCAGACUGCGUGUGUGCUUCAAGGCACCUAGAGAAUGUUUCAGCUCCUUCUAAAAAACUGUUUAUGAAAGUUCCAUGUAACAAUCCUUGAACAUGAACCAAAUGUGCAACCUCAGAAAAAUCAAUGAACAAAUAGAGAGUAGAAGUGUGCUCUGCCAAACUAAAGUGCAGCUCAGCCAAAUCUCCUGAAUGGGGAACACUGACAAAGAUACGCCUGGCAGCUGUAGCUACAGCCCCACCCCACUUCAGAAACUCAGCACAAGAACUUUGCUAAACUUCAGGAGAGUCUACAAGGGGGAAAAGAAAUCCCUUUUAAGGAAGCAUUUAAUGACAAUCAAAUUGUACAUGCCCAUUCCAUUCCCUUGGACAAAGGAAGCAGAAACUACUUACAUGGUUCUUUUCCUUUCCCUGUUCUGAGCUUCUGCACCAGUUGUUAGCCAAAAAUAAACCCCAUUCCACAACCAUAUAUGUGCAACAGCCUCCUGGUGAAUGUGAACCCCCUCCAGCACUGCUGUUUUACUCCACCAGGCCAAGACACAGUGCCACUGCUGCAAUGCACAUAACCCAGCUCAACUGGGAAUGCCUUUUACAUCUCUUCUCUUUUCUGGACAAAAACAGUAGGAAAAAUCUAGCAAAAACAUGUCACAAGUUACUAGAAGUAUUUCAGGAUCCUUUACUGUGGUCUUCGUUGAACUUUCAUUCUCCAGUGGAACUAAAGAAGGACAAUUUUCUCCUGGGACCUGCUUUAAAACACUUAACCAUCUGCUGGUAUUCGGAGAGAGUCAAGGUGUGUAACAUUGAGGAUUGGAUGAAAAGCAGUUUCCAGAAAGACUUCUGUAAGAGGCAUGAGAACACUGUCAGCGACUUUUUACUAGAUGUUUGCAACAGAUGUCCAAAUCUGCUGUCUCUGACCCUCUCUGGAUGUGGCCAUGUUACAGAUAACUGCAUUUUGCAGCUUCUCAAGAACUGCCCAAACCUGAAGAGCCUCAAACUGGAGAACUGUGUGCAGAUCACUGACCACACCCUGGAGUCAGUGAGUCUCCACGGGGCAUCGCUGCGAACACUCCAUGUGGAUUUCUGUCGCAAUGUAACACAAGCAGGGCUAGAGAGAGUCAGAGAAAAGUGUCCUUCAGUAAUGCUGAGAGCAGAGAGAAGUGGUAGCAUGAUCCCAGACAGUAAGCCAGAAAGAAAGCUGAUGCUUGAAAAAGCAUCAAGAAAAUUGGUUCAGCUCUAAAGUGUGGGUAUUUUACCCCACUGAGCUAGCAAUGAACUGUCGCUACUUCCAUGGGUUCUGGUCAAGCCCAAACAAAUGGUUGUUUUGUAAAAGGAAAAGACAUGCAUCUCCUCCUGGACGGGCUUCAGGAAGAAACUGUUUCCUCUCUGAUGUUCCUUGAAACUGGCAAACCCUGCAUUGCUGUCACAAAAUGCCAGAUCUGCUGAAAACUGCAGUUCUGGUACCCUCCUGCUGCAGAUGCACCUCACUGAGAAGAGGGAAACAGCAGUGUGUUUAUUGAGGCUAAAUAAUUUGAUAGAGUUCAAUAAAUUUUAUGAACUUUUACAGAAGUUUAACAGUAGUUUGACACGGUGCAAUAAGUUUGAUGGCAAGGUUCACUGACUGCAUGAAAGAAACACAGAGUGAACUGAGGCAGAAUGAGCCACACAGGGACCUGAGAACACAAAUAUUAAGGAAGAGCCUCUCACUGCGUCACGAGGUUCAGAUUGGACCCUGCACUUUCAAAACUCCUUAUGUAAUGGGCAAGGGCAGAAAGCCACAUCAGAGAGAGCAUGAGUUACUGUAGUACUUUCACAACUUUGAAAACAAGAGUGAUUAACUUCUGUUAAAGGGUAUUACCAGGCAGUCGUUCCAACCACUAAGGAGGAUAACCACUCCCUGAAACAUCUUUCUAGCAAAAGCAGAGUACUGACCACCAGCACCUCAGUGAUUAACAGUGGCAGUUAAUUUACCAGCCUUUUUUAGUUAAUGCGGGAAGCAUGGAUUCAAGGCACACAAAACACAGUUAGACCCUCUGCAUGAUGUACUUACAUAAUAAAAGAUGCACCAAGUUAUUUUUUUAAAGCUGACAUUAAAGGAAGUGCAAUCUGAACAAGUGCUAGUUCAGAGAACUAAUCCACAAGAAAAUUCAGUGGCUAACAGCCUGUAGCAUUAAAUGCUAAAUUAGGAACGCAGUACAGACCAGCUGUACAUAAAUACCCAUUUCUCACUGCAAAGUACAAAACCAGUAGCUAUUUUCAUCCCAAAGCACAAGGCUGUCUCCUUCCUGCACACUGGUCUAUCUGGAAGUGAAACUAUUUUUACAUACUUUUGAAACUGUGCUACCACCUACAAAAUUUGACACCAAAGAGGACUUUACAGCUCUCAACAUAAUUGAAUAUACUUACUUCUCCUUCUGAUCCUGGUUAAUUGAUCCACAGAUAUACUUGGCACAUUCUAAUUAGGCUGAGGUAAGAAACAAAUCACAGCAUUACAGCAACUUAAGUCAAACAAUGCUGCAAUUCUAGAGAAAUACUUGAUCAGUAUGAGCAUCUGUAAGAAACACUCAACCAGAAAAUCAAUGAGGAAAAUAAAUUAUUCCAUCUUCGUUACUUAGCAAUAUUUAACAGUAUGACACUUUAAAUGUGGUAUUUCAUUAACUCCUUCCUAAAGUUCAAGUAGGACCCUUAUGCACCACAAGGUAAGGAAGAAAACUGGAAGUGUGGGUAAGGAGACACAGCAAUCCUCACCCAGCACUGACAGCUAUGAAAGGACAUUGCUGAGCUGAACAAAUUUACUGUGAUGUGUAAAUUGGGAAGCUGACACAACUUGCUCCUGGGAUACACAACAACGGUUCCACACACUGCCGAGAAGCCAAAACAAAGCAUGAACUUACACAGUCACUGCAGCAAGCAAAGACUUCCUCAUGUCACCAGCUCUCCCAGCACUCUGUGGUGAAAGACAUGUCUCUGUAGUUCUAACAGGAACAGAUUUUCAAAUAGCUAAAAGAUAUGAAAGCACAUUUGCAUGUGUCUACAUAUUACUUAAGCCUUUUUACCAGUUUUCUACCAGGACUGGAGAGGGGAGGGGGAGGUGUUUGGGGCAGCAUGGGAAGAGGAGUUCCAAGCCAUUAAAGUUCCAUCAAGAACAAACCUUUAAUUAACAGCUCCUGUGAGUUUACUGUAAACUGCCUCCAAGAAGGUCUUCAUUAUGGAGAAAGCUAACUGCACAGUCCUCAUAAAACUGCCAUUUUCACAGGCACAAUUCUGUAAUUUCCUGUGCUGAAUGAAACAGGCUGACAAAAUCAGUGCCACUCAGUCAGACACAUCCAUGAGGUGCAGAAGGCAAUAAUACAGGACUUAAUACAGAACUUUCCCCAUUUGUUUAAAUACUGUAUUUUUUACCUAAUAAACCUACACAUUUAGACCAAGAUGUGACUAUGCAUCCUCACAACACAGUCAUGGGACACCUGCAUCUCAGUCCAGUUUGAAGCCUAAUACACAAUAAGGCAGGAAAUGAAGUCUGCAUGACUUCAGAGCCCUGAGAAGCUCCUUCCCCCAACUCUUGAUACCCCUCUAAUGUGUCACUCUGCAGUGUGGUCUCUGAUCAUAUCAUAGCUAGGCUUUUGGCUUUUUCAAGAGCCAAUAUAUAGUACUGGGAACUUCACCAGAUAGAACCCAGAUAUGCAAAUUUUUACAGCUUACUAAGCUCUCCGUCUGAGCACUGUCAGUUGGCAGCAAUACAGCAGCUCAGUCUUGGACACAAGGAAAUUAAUUUCCCAAUCAAUCCUUGUUAACGUAUAAUAGGCACAUGAGAGAAAGUAAUAGGUAUUUCUACCCUACACUCCAUACUCAGAUGGACCAACCUUGCCCCAAAAUGAGAUGACACUAAUAAACAUUUUCACCAGCCCUCAGUCCCAACAGCAUCAUCCCAAGGAGUUGAGGGAGGAAGAAAUGGAGCAGAGGGGAAAUGGAGCAGAGCAGCUCUGACUCGCCAGGGGACAGCCUCUCCCCUUUUCCUUCCCCAGGUACAUCCUGCUCUGAACACCAAGCAGUGUUUGACAUCAAUGAUGUCUUUCAUAGAGACAACAGGCAAUUACAUAUUGUCUAGCACUCUCCUAAGGAACAGAGCAGAGAUGUCCUUGUGCAGUACACUGCUGUCCUAUCCAAACAGGAGCAUCAAUCACUGUGUAAGUCAAACUGUGCUGAUCACAAUAGUUACAGCUGAGACAAAGUGAGACCAAAGGCAGCACUAAAAAUGUGAAUAAAAUCCACAGCCUUGACUACUACCCUGUCCUGUGGUAGACUGUUGUUUUGCAGUUUGUUCUUCUGUAAUACAUUUUAAAUAUUCCUUGUUACAAGUUUGUAAUUGUUCAUUCCAUGUACCCCAUUUGGCUUCCCUGAUGGUUCAGCCCUGAGUUGUUUACCCCAAGAUUCUCCUGCCAUACACCUGUCAAUCUUCUUGUACCUCCUUUGUUCCCUUCUGCAAUGUUCCUGUCCUUCAUCCCUUCCUCAAAGCAAGACUGGGGUGCAGGGUUUGCUUCUAUUGGAUAGCCCUUUCCCUGCAACCCUCCCCUAAUGCCUUCCUAAAAGGUUGCGUCCUCCCCUUAUUCCCACCUCUCCUUAAAAGCAGCUUUUUGCCCCUAGUUGUUGUCACUUGUCCCUGACUCCUCUGGGGAAUAAAACUUCCUUGAAACUCAAA